GACAAUGUGUGCCACCACAAUGUAACAAUUGUAGUGUAUUUUUUUGUUCAUGUUAGGCUGCUAAGACGUGGCUUCACUGUUUUUUUUCUUAUUAAACUUGAAGUUGUGUUUAAUUGAGUUGUAAUUAUUUCAAAUAUUGUAAAUUUUCCGAAGCUUUAUGUUCCUGGAAUAAGUUAAAUAAAAAAUCCCAAAUAUUUUUGACAAAAAUGUUUUAGUUGAAGCGAGAUGGCUAAAAAUAAAAGUGCACCAGUCAAAAAUUUGUGAUUAUGUAUUAGAUGUGGUUAACGGCUUAUGCUUGCUACUUUAGAAGUAGGUUAAACUUGUGACAUGCAACUAUAGUAAUUUGCAAACACUUUACUCUGUUCCACAGAUUGAAGUAGAAGAUCUUCAAGAGCAAUAAGUGAUAUAAUCUGAUCACGUGAAGACCGAAUGCUAAAGUGGAACAAAUUUCCUGUUGCCUUGCCAGCACAAAUUCAUUCAUAGGUUUUGCUCUGUCUACUUUAAUAGUAAGAUCUCAUGAGAUGAAAUAUAUAUUUUAUAGAUCUAUCAAUUUUCUAUAGUGAAUCCAUUAGUUUAUUUAUUUAUUGCUGCAAUAAUUUAUUUUUGGUGUUUUGUUUGUGACUUUGGAUAUUUUUUCAAGUGUACUGUUAAUUUGUUUCUGUCUGCCCAAGCCUAAAUAUCAAAAUUAGCAGUUUUUUUUAAAAAAAAGCAUGCAUAAGGACACAUAUGCAAAUUGAUUUGAUUUCCUGUGACAAAUUCAUGUAGAAUUGAAUUCUUAUUGUCCUCCUAUUGUCUUAAUUUUUUUUGGUCCUCAAGAUGGACAUAAAAGAGUCUUUUAUAAAUGAAAUCACAUUAUACAAAAUGCAACCCAGUUUUGCACAAAAAAAUGUUUUUUAUUGAGAUUGGGAUUUUGUGCUUGUUAAGGUGUUGUUCCAAAACACUUCACCAAAAGACAAGGUGUAAAUUCUAUAUCAAAUAGUAGGUCUUGUUUUGUUAUUAUUAUAUACUUCUCCUUUUCCUAGAAGAAAUGAAAUUAUGAAUGGGACAACAGAAAAAAAUACAUGCAGUAAUGAUGCAGAUGCUGAGAUACAGCUAGAAUAUUAUGAAGAUUAUGACGAUUCUUCCUCAGUCAUAAAAGAAGAAGACUUUGCCACAGUGUGUUGUGACUUCACAGAAAAUGAUUCACAAAAUGAGGAAUACAGACGAAUAAAUGACAUUGAUACUCCAGUCAUAAAGCCGUCCGAAUUAGAUUUGGAUAAAGAUGGCUGUAAGGUCAAUCAAGAUUUGUCACGCUGUACAAUGGUGUACAUUAUGGCAAAUCCAUACCAACACCUGUACCAACCAAGAAUGUACAGGGGCACAACUGUGCGAAGGAACGAAAUGCUAAGACCCGUAGAGUUUGGUGCAGUUAAUAAUGACGAGAAUAAUAAUGAAUUUCAGCAAGUCAUAACAUCUCCAAUAACCAAAAUGAAGCAAAUGACGCAAUCAAAAGAACAGAGAGAGUUUCUGGAGGAAAUCUGUUAUGGUAAUGAUGCUGAUGAUGAAAAUGGAGAUAUUGAUGACAUGUUUGCAUCAAUGACAAGACAUAAGGGAGGAUAUAAGCAGCUUAAAUGUCCAUUUUGCAAAAAGGCAUCCACAACUCCUGGUAACCUCAAACGACACAUGCGUAUCCAUACUGGUGAAAAACCAUACCAUUGUGAUGAAUGCAAUCUCAAUUUUACCCGUCUUACCGAUCUGAAAAGACACGCCUUAAGUCAUGCCGGUAUGAAGCUUUACAAGUGCCAGAAAUGUGGAAAAGGUUUUAGUUUGAAAGGCAACUUGGUACAUCAUUAUAAAAACGAUUGCGAAGUAAAUGAAGAAUACCAGUGCUCUAGAUGUGAUGAGCAGUUUUAUUCAAUCGAUCGUUUAAACUUGCACAAGAAAACAUCUUGUUCAGAGAGAGUUAAUGAAUGCAAAGAAUGUGGAAAGCGUUUUUCACAAGCUGGUAACCUGAAGCGGCAUAUGCGUACACACACUGGAGAAAAGCCAUAUGCUUGUACAGUUUGUGGUAAAGGUUUUGCUGGCACAUCUGACUUAAAACGACACCAAUUGAUUCAUACAGGAGAAAAACCAUACAUUUGUAGAAUAUGUGACAGAGGUUUUCGAAUCAAGUGUAACCUAACAAUUCACGAAAGAAUUCACACUGGUGAGAAACCAUUCAAAUGCAAUGAAUGUGGUGCGACGUUUCGAACAUCCAGUAACCUUUAUGCCCACAUACGAAAACACGAAUUGGCUAAACCAGAAGAAGAAAGCAUGUACACUACAAACAAAAUAUUGGUCUGAGUUUGUGGCUUGUAUUCUUUUCUUAAGAACCUUAAAGUCAAAGAAUGGUAAAGUAAUUGCAAAGCGAUCAUAAUUACAAAUUGUUUGCCGUAAAAAUAAUUGUGAAUCAGAGUUUCUAGUCUUAGGUUCCGUUUUUAAAGAACUGGCAAAAAUUGUGAGGCAUGGUAAAUUUUGAAAAUGUGGAAAAAGCGGAUAUUUAUCUUAUUUGGCGUUUCUUGUGGAUGUUGGAUUCUAUUGAGGCUUCUGUUUUGAUGUUGUCUGUUUUGAUGUUGUCUAUACAAUUAUGUAUUUUAAUAGAAAGGCUUGUUUAAGAUGGGAAAUUAAGCUUUUCUGAUUUGUUGUCUUUAAGAAAAGUUUUCAAUUUAUAUUCAAAUUUAGUUCUCUUAAAAAUAGCUCAUUCUUAUCUUGUUAGGGCAAAACUUUGUUUUUUAUUCAAGAAGGAAAUUCUUUGGGAAAUUGAUUUUUAAUGUGUGUAAUGUAUAUAGUGUGUGAAAAGAUUAUUUUGUUUUUAAAUUUGAUUACUUUAAUGAUUAUUUUUGUACAUUUAUUUGUUUUCUGUUUCAGAAUUUUUAUUUUUAUAUUACAGAUGGUGAUUUUCUUUUUUAAAUUUUAGUAUUGAUUAUUUAUUUUAAUUCUAUAUCUAGAUGUAUUUCUUUAAGUUUGACUCGUUUGAAUUUCUUUGGUAGUGAAACCAAGAUGUUUAUUGUAUGAUUGGUCACUGUUUAAAAACGUUGUGUAUAACAAGACAGUCUUCCACGUGUAGCAUUCACAGUUCUGGCAACCUUAAUUAAUCCUGUGCACUGCUGGGCAAUUUUUUGACAAUGUAGAAGGUAGUCUCUGUAAAAAACCAGGCUUGAAUUAAGUUUCCAUUGGUAAACAAGUUUAAAAAUACCUUCCUUAGUGUGAGUAAGGCUUGCAGGUUCUUUUGAUGUUACCUUUUUUCAUUUUUUUUUCAUACUUAUGUUAUAAGCUUGGUUUCCACUAACCUAUUUUUUGUUGCACAAGAGUUGUACAACUGUUACAACUUUAUUUUUUAUUAAAAUGCAUGUUCUUCAACAGAAGUGAAACAAGAGAUGUUUCACAACAAAGGUUAUUGGAUUUUUUUCUGCAACAGUUACACAACAUCUGCUGCACAACAAUUACAGACUUAAAUUGUGUAGUGUUCAGCAGUCAAAUUUGUUGAAAUGUUGAUCUAAAAAAAGCUGUUUAUUCACCUUGUUGGUGCCAGGACAAGUUAUCAUUUUAACUUUGCAUUAAAUUGUGGUAAAUGUAUAUUUAAUGUAAACAGUGAAUGGUUUUUACAAAAAUCUAAAUGUAAAAGGUAUUUCUUUUAAUGAUAAAAAGCGAAUAUUUUUCUGUCAUUUAACAUGCUUCUAUAAUGCAGAUUUUAAUUUUGGUGUCAUGUUAACAUAUUUCUAAAAUGUAUUUAGUUUUACAAUACAAUAUCAUUGCAAUAUUAUUACUAGAAUUUCAAUAUAGCUGAGUUAUGUCUUCUGUGCCAUCAAUAUGUAGUCUAUUGCGUAGUAUUGUCACCAUCUAUUAUUUUAAAUAAAAUUGUAAUUAUUAAUGUAUGGUACAACUUUUUAUUACCAGUACUGUGAUUCUUGCUGCUUCAAUACGAAAUUAUGUUUAUCAAUAUCUCUGUCAUUUGUCAAUUGGAAAUUGGAAAUAAACUUAGCAAUAUUUGUUAUAUGAAAAGUCAACUUUGCUUAGAAUAUUACCAGAGCACUUUAAUUUUCACAGUACUAGUGCAUCUGAAAAAAUACCACACCUGAGUUUUCUGCCAACAUAUUUUUAAUCAUUUUGAUUGAAUAAAGAUUUCAAACAUAACUUCAUACAACUGAGUAGCAUAGCAAUUGGUCAGUAUUGAUACCAGUGUUCUUAUAGUGCUCUGUACAUAGUAAAAUAAGUUUGAUGAUGAAUGAACUAUCCAAUAAUUGUUCUAUCUUACUCCAUAAUUUGAUGUUUUCUUCUGUUUCAACACUGAUAUUCAUAUAUUGUAUACAUGGGUUGUAGUCAGAAAUAUUCUUGAUGUUCUUGCUAUGUUCUUGAGUUGUAAUUUUAGAAAAUAUUAAUUAGAUUAUUCAUAAAUAAUAUAUUAUAUAGAAAUAGGAAAUUUUAGAGAAAAAGAGUAUUGUAUAAAGAUAAUUAGUCUUUAAAACAUUGCUUUUUAUAUUACCUUCUUGUGGUUUAUUUCAGGAUUUUUCACAACCUGCUAAAUCACAAUUUUCGAUUCAGAUUUAAAUCA